AUGGUAUUAAACAAGGCAAUGGUCUUCAGACAAAUCCCUGAAGGCCUCCCCGUGGCAGGCAACGACUUGACCAUCGAACCUGUUACCGACUACGAUGGAAGCUCCCCCGCCCCGGCUGGGGGUGUGUUACUGCAGGCCGAGUAUGCGAGUUUUGAUCCUUACAUGAAAGGGCGCAUGCGCCCGGCGCACAUCAAAUCCAACGCGACAGCAUUUGAGCUGAACAAGCCGCUAGUGAACCAAUGCAUUGCCAGGGUCAUCAGAUCGAGCCACCCCAGGUAUCAGCCCGGAGAUCAGGUCAUUGGAGAACUGCCCAUCCAGCAAUACAUCUCGCUAAGCGGUGUAGAGCUCGACAAGAUCCAGCAUCUAGAAAAUCCCUUGGGCCUGGAGGACAUCCGGGUAUUUUUGGGAGCCCUCGGGAUGUCGGGACUGACUGCGUAUUCGUCCUUCUAUGAGAUUCGACAGCCCAAGAAACGGGAAACCAUCUUCAUCAGUGCUGCUAGUGGGUCUGUGGGCAGCAUGGUGGGACAACUAGCCAAACGCGAAGGACUCAAGGUGAUCGGCAGCGUGGGAUCGGACGACAAGCUCGAUUUCAUCAUCAACGAGCUUGGCUUCGACGCAGGGUUCAACUACAAGAAGGAGCGGCCCAGCGAUGCCCUGAAACGACUGGCUCCUGAUGGCAUCGAUAUCGAUUAUGAGAACGUCGGCGGCGAUAAUCUUGAAGCAGCCCUGGACGCGAUGAGGGAACAUGGACGGGUUAUCAUCUGCGGCCUGAUCUCCGACUACAGCGCGGCGCCUGGGCAGCGAUAUCCUCUGUACAAUUACAGUGUCAUUCUGCGAAGGAGACUCACUGUUCGCGGUUUCGUUGUCUUUGAUCACGGUUUCGUUUACCACGCAAAGCACCAGGCCAACGUGCAGCGGUGGAUCAAGGAUGGGACACUCAAAGUGGUCACUUGGGAGUGCGAGGGCAUCGAUAAUGCCAUCGAUGGUCUUCUCGCUCUUUUCUCGGGGCGCAACUUUGGGAAAGCUGUUCUAAAGUUCUAA